AUGUGGCUCUACCUGGCUGCCCUGCUGGGGCUUUACUUCCUUCGCCGAUGGUACCAGGAGAGACAGACGGUGGAGAACCUGACGGAGAAAUAUGUCUUCAUCACGGGGUGUGACUCUGGCUUUGGAAACCUACUUGCCAGGCAGCUGGAUGCCCGGGGUCUGCGGGUGCUGGCAGCCUGUCUCACGCAGAUGGGGGCAGAACAGCUGGGCAAGGCCACCUCAGAGCGCUUGAAAACCACCAUUCUGGAUGUGAGCAGCACAGAGAGUGUGGCGGCAGUGACGGAGUGGGUGAAAGGGUGCAUUGGAAGCAAAGGUGACUCUUGACCUUCCUUGUACUGCCUCUGUGCUAUUGGUGGGACAGGGGAUUAGAAUUGCCUCUCUGUAUUCAUUUGUAGGCCACUUCACCCACAUAAUUGUGCCCAAAGUGGCUCAAAACAUGUGAAAUGAAGAAUAGGGAUAACAAUUCAGAAAAGAGUAUUAGUAUAAGUAAACACAAACAAUCUAUGCAUGUGAUUAGCUUAUUUCCAACUUUAUUGAGCUCUGCUAAGGUUGCCUAAGAGGAUGAACACGCCUUCUUUCUUCACACAGGACUCUGGGGCUUGGUGAACAAUGCGGGUAUAGGGAUCCCAACAGGUCCCAACGAAUGGCUGACCAAAGAUGACUUUGCAAAGGUGAUCAAUGUCAACCUUCUUGGGAUGAUUGAUGUGACGCUACACAUGGUGCCCCUGGUGAGGAGAGCCAGAGGGAGGGUGGUCAACGUGUGCAGUUCGAUGGGACGCCUGGCCUGCUUUGGAGGUGGUUACUGCCCAUCCAAGUUUGGUGCGGAAGCCUUCUCUGACAGCCUGAGGUAAACAGAGCAGCUCUGUAGUUUCUUCUUUGCAACAUGCAACCUCCAAAUGGGUCGUUCCAUAUCAAGUGAAUUAAUGCAUUGAAAGAAUUCUUCUUAGUACUUCAUCUCAUGAACAUUACAACAAAAUAUAUAUCAAAGAAAAGUAUGAAAAAUAUACAUUUUUGUAUUUGCAAGCCUGAGAUAGGAUGUGUGGCUCUCAGGCCACUUUUGCUGUCCAUGCUCUAGAUGGUUUUGUCUAGCUCUUAGGCCAACCUGCCUGGCUAUGUUGCUGGUGUCACUUAGGAGAAUAGCAAAGGCCUUUGAGAAUAGAAUACCUCAGUGUGAUGUGUAGAAAAGUUGAUUAUGGUGUUUAAAAAUGUGCGUAUUUCAGCUAUUUAUAUACCACUUAAUUAUCAAAGUGUCAACUUUAGAGAACCAGCCGGAGUUUGAAGCAACAGCAUUCUGAUGGCUGCUUCUUAAUAAAACUGAUGUUGUGUUCUAUAGAACCCAUUGCAGGGCCAGGCUCAUGCAAGAGGGCACAAGAUAGGGAGUUGUAUUUCCCUUUUCUCUCUCUCUCUCUUUCUUCUUUUCAAAAAGAAAGAUGUUCCUUUCCAUGCAUGACCUGCAAUAUUACUGUGGCUCAGUAACAAAUUCUUUACUUUUCUUCUCCAAUUCAGGAGAGAACUCCAUCCUUUUGGAGUCCAAGUCAGCAUAAUUGAACCUGGUGCUUUCAAAACACCUAUUGCCUCAAAUGCACUAGAAAUUUUUCAGACUGUAUGGAGCCGGGUACCUUCUGACAUCAGACACUGUUAUGGGCAGCAGUACUUUGAGCAAUGUGAGUAGAUAUGGGGGAGAAAAUCAGUUCGAUUUGCAUUUUAAUGCAGACUACAGAUUGUCAAGAAAGCAAAAUAUUUGGAUAUAGAUCUAACUAUGAAGAAUAUUAAUCUGUUUAAAAAUAACUAUGAAAAAGUUUGGAAAGGAAUAAGAAAAGAUUUUGAAACCUAGAGCAGACUAAAGUUAUCACUAUGGGGAAGAAUCUCCAUAAUAAAGAUGAAUGGUUUUCCAAAAAUGUUAUAUUUGUUCCAAACGAUAGCAAUUAUAAACAAAGAAAAUUGCUUUGAAGAAUGGAGGAAAAAUAUAAUGAGAUUCGUAUGGCAAGGGAAAAAACCGCGGAUAAAAUAUAAAUUAUUGACGGAAAGAAAAGGGAGGAUUGGCAUUGCCAAAUUUAAAAUUAUAUUAUGAAGCAGAAUGUUAAAUAUGGGUAAGAGAUUGGAUUAGAUUAGAAAAAAAUUAUAUAUUAGACCUUGAAAGCUUCAAGAAUAGAUAUGGACGGCAUGUGUAUCUCAAUUAUGAGAAAGUAAAAUCAUAUACUUAGAAGUGCACUAUAUAAGGUUUGGAACAAAUAUAGACUACAGUUGGAACCAAAGACACCUUGGUGGAUAUUGCUGCUGGAGGCAUAUGCUGUAAAAAAACUGAAUAUGAGAACAAAUUGGCCAACAUAUAGACAACUAUUGGAAGAGGAACAAGGGAAAUUCAGAUUAAAACCCUUUGAAGAGAUACGGCAAUAUGAAAUUGAGAGAUGGCAUUAUAUACAACAAGAAGUAUAUUUAAUUCUGAUCCAAAGAAAGGCUUUGCAAAAGAGGAUUCAAAAUUUAAUACUACAAUAAUUCAGAACAAUAAGAAAUUGUUAUCUAAAACAUAUAAUCUUUUAUUGGACUGGGAAUUGAUGGAUGAAGAAGUGAAAGAAACGAUGAUUAAAUGGGCCCAGGAUGUUGGACAUACUACUUAUCUACAGCAGUGAGAGACACUCUGGUGAGAAGAUAUACGAUUUACCGCCUCAUACACAAUCAAAGAAAAUUUUGUUAAGAUGUUCUACAGGUGGUAUUUAACACCAGCUAAGUUAGCAAAUAUAUAUAAAUUGAAAUCCAACAUUUGUUGGAGUUGUGGGAAAGAAAUAGGAACAACAAUACAUAUAUGGUGGAGGUGAAAGGAAAUUAAGAAAUUCUGGACAGUAAUACAUGAAGAAUUAAAGAAGAUGUUGAAAAUAUCAAUAAAAAAACAACAACCAGAGAUGUAUCUCCUGGAAUUGAUAGGGGAAGAGAUACCAUGGGGGGGGGGGGAGAGAAUCUUCUUAUGUGCAAGUACAGCUAGAGUAGUGAUUGCUGCUAAAUAGAAGUCACAAACUCUACCCUUAAGGGAGGAAUGGAUUUGAAAACUAAAUGAAUACUUAUCUUUGGCAAAACUAACAGCUAUUAUAAGAAAUCAAUCAAAUCAAAAAUUUAAAAAGGAGUGGAAAUGUUUUGAUGAAUAUAUGGGAAAAUAUUGCUCAAAAAAAGAUAUGCUAAUAUUCCUUGAUUAAAAUGUAAAGUAUCUGAGGGGAGGUAAAUUAGUAAAGAAGGAUAAUAAGAAUACAUAGAAGAUUUGAGCAGAUUGUAGAACGCAAAGAUAAAUGUAAUCUCAGAAUGUAGAGGAAAUCGAGUUGGGGCGGAGAGAAGCAGGGGGAGGGACAAGAGAAUAUUAUGCUUGAUUUAUGAUUUAAAUGAUAAAUAUAUGUGGGGAUGGGGAAGAUGUGGUGAUGGAUUUGGUAUAUUUGCAUUGUGAUGUAAUAUAGAAAAAACCCAAUAAAAAAGAAGAAGAAGAAAGAAACAUAAGAAACCUGACAAACAGCUUUCCCUCAGAAUUUGCACUUGCUAAAAUUUCACAAUGCAGUCUGGAAGCACCUGAAGGUUCUUUUCUUUGGCAUCCAAAAUAGUUCCAGAUGUUCCUCCUUUGAUUUAGCUAUCUUAGGGAGAAAUGCCCAGACAGCAAUCUUUCCCCAGAAGAUUAAAUUUGCCUCCUGUGUUGCUGCAGAUCCAACUGUUCAUUUGUUUGUUUCUCUCACACAGGUUGCAAAUCGUUCCAAGAACUCAUUGAUGGUUGCAGCGACAAGUUUCACCUGGUCACUGACUGUAUGGAACAUGCCCUGACAUCCUGCUCCCCUCGCACUCGCUACUCUCCAGGCUGGGAUGCAAAGUUCUUCUACCUUCCUGUCUCUUACUUGCCAACCACCAUUGCAGACUAUGUGUUGACCCACUCUGGGCCCAAACCAGCACAAGCUGUGUAG